UUUGGUUGAACAGUAUAGUUUUUCAGCUUGUCUUGACAGAGAUGAAUCGCAGUGUUUCACUCAGUGCUCGAUUAGUCGGCCUGUGCGCUGAAGAUGUUUACCGGGUGUUGCAUAGUAACAACACAAAAAUACCACUGACCUUCACCUGCUUCAGUCUGGCUAUAAAUCUCAGAUUUUGCUCAAAACUUCUAAAACACAUCUGACUCUUUACAUUAACCCAAGACAAGUCACCCAUGGCAGAAUCAGACCCGACCUGUUUAGCCUCUCUGAUAUACCUGCUGAGGGAGCGAUUCUACAGGCAUGUGAUAAACACAGCUCUGAACUACCUGAAACUCUACCCAAACGACCCCGUGCUCCUGUUCUUCAAAGCUUUUGCGGCUUUAAAUGAAGGACGCUUUCAGGAGGCUGUGAGAGAGCUGAACAGUCUGAGAGACAAGCCUCAGGUCUGCCUGUGCUCAGUGAUGGCCCUGCUGUGGGCACACAGGCAAAGAGAGACCACUGAUGGAGAGACCGUGUCUGAGCUGGAGUCCUGUUUAAAGACAGCCAAGAGGACAGCUGGAGAAAAGGCUCUGUACUAUGUGGCACUGCUUUACUGGAUUCUGGGGAGAACUCAUAAAGCCAGAGAGUACAUAGACAAGAUGCUCAAAUUAUCCAAUGGCUCUUCAGAGGGGCAUAUUCUUAAGUGCUGGAUUGUCCUGACCUCAGAGAAUGAUGCUGAACGAGCCCAAGCUACUCGAUAUUUCAACAGUGGCAUUUCUGACUCUAAAAACGUGUUUGGACUGAUGGGAAAGAUCGAAUUUUUCAUGGCGAGACAGAAGGAGUCCUAUGCUCUGAAUGUCAUCAGUCAGAUCAUAGCUUCCUAUCCUGACUUUAUUCCAGCUCUGGUUCUCAAGAUGAAUAUAUUUAUGUCACUUCACAACUGGGAACACACAGCUGAAGUGGCUGAAAGGAUCCUAGAGCUAGAUCCGCAUAACAUAAAAGCACUUCAGAUGUUAAGCAUAAUCUUUGCAGCAAAGGAUGGCGAUAUAGAGAAGGUGAAAGAAUAUCUUCAGUUACUUCUGACUGCAGUUGAGGUCACAGAGCCCAGCACUCCCAGUCUUCAUAUGGAGGUCACCAUGCCCAUUAGCAGACUGUCUGGACACAAUAAAGAUGUUGUGCAGAUGCUGACAUCAUUUUUGCAGAGAUGUGUAUCCAGAGCACCAGAGGAUUCUGCCAUAAUCUCUGAGCUCGCUUAUCUCCUUACUCUCCAGCACAAGUACAAAGAGGCCCACAAAUGGUACACCAAGGCGCUGAAUAUAGACUCUGACAGUGUGGCUGCUAUAUCAGGUAUGAUCAGGUGUGAGAUGAUGGAUGGGCGGGUGGAGAAAGCAGCAGAGCAGCUGGAGUUCUUCCAUGCAUCACUAGGAGGCUCAGCACAGGAAAUCAUACUUUUGCAAGCCAUAUUGGCCACAAAGAAAGGAGUAGCUCAGGAGAAUGUGGUGGUCCUGCUAAAGGACGCCACAGAGCUCCAUUUUCAGACUCUUCAAGGAAUACCGCAUGGUGUAGACUACCUACAGAGACUCAACCUCAGCUUUCUCCUUGAGGUUGUCAGCAUGCAUCUUGCCAGCAGUCAGGAUAUGCCUUAUGAUGCUGGUCAACCCUAUCCCUUUGGACUGAAGCACGCCUCUAUGAUUCUCGAGGCUGUAAUUAAAGCUGCUCCCCAUGUGCUACCCAGCUGCUAUUACAUGGCAUAUGUCAAAUUCCUUACAGGUGAUCAGGCAGCUGCUCAGCACUUUCUGAACCUCUGCAUGGAGAAAGAUCCCUCCAUGCCUGAGAUCCACUUACUGCAGGCCAAACUUCACCUUCAUGCAGGAGAUUACAGCAAGUGUUUUAGCAGUUUGGAGUCUGGAGUCAGCUACAACUUUGAAUUAAGACAGAAGCCACAGUAUAAUUUAAUCAAAGCCAGAGCCCUGAAGAGAGCUGGGCAGCUGUCUGAAGCUAUCCAAUGUCUCCACAUGGUGAUGAGCAUGCCAGGGGUCAAAAAGAUCAUUAAGGGACAAGAAAACCUGAUCUCUUGCAGUGAGCGAGUUUCUUUGUUCCUGGAGCUAGCAGAUGCCCUUAGACUAAAUGGAGAGCAGCAUGAGGCUACCAAAGUCAUACAGGAUGCAAUGUGGCAGUUUAAGGACACCCCUGAAGAAAUGAGGGUUAUGGUGGCUAAUGUAGACUUGGCCUUAGCUAAAGACAAUAUUGACGCAGCUCUAAAUGCACUGAAAAGUAUAAUGCCAGGUGUGUCCAUCUACGUACAUGCCAAGGAGAAGAUGGCCUGCAUUUACCUUGAAAGACUGAGAAACAAGAGUCUUUACAUAGCAUGCUACAGAGAAAUCUGUGAACAGCUACCAGGACCUCACUCUAAUGUGUUGCUUGGUGAUGCCUUUAUGAAGAUACAAGAGCCAGAAAAAGCCAUUGAGGCCUAUCAAGAAGCAGUAAAAAUGGCACCCGAUGAUGCAACACUUGCCAAGAAAAUAGGCCAAGCCCUGGUGAGGACACACCAGUAUGAUAAGGCUAUUAACUACUAUGAAACUGCCUUCAACACCAGCAUAAAGGAUUCUGUGUGUUUAGAGCUGGCUGAGCUUCUGCUUAAACUCAAGCAGUCUGAAAGGGCUGAGAAAAUCAUACAGAAGGCCUUGGAUCAUGAAGACAGCACUGAUCUGACCACCAUGAUAAAUGAUGUAAAAUUUUCAAGAAUGCUUGUGACAGUUCUGCAGGCCAGAAAUGAACAAUGUCUAGAGAAGAUACAACAGAUCUCUGAAGUCCAGCAGAAGAUUAUGAGACGUUUGCCAUUUGAGCAGCCUGAGACCAAAGAUGAGCAGAGGAAAGUGGCAGCAGCUAUUUGUUGUGAACAGGCCCAAGAGUAUCGUAGGAAAUCUGAUCUAGAAAGAGCGAAGCAGUGUUAUUCAGAUGCUCUAAGCUACAUUCCGGACGACAUAGAGAUUCAUUUACAGCUUGCUGAGUUGUACUAUGAACACCACCAACUUGACUAUUGUGAAGACCACUGUCUUAAGAUAUUGAAGCUCAACGACAAUCAUACUAGCACCACUAUGCUGCUAGCUGAUGUGCUGUUCCAGAGAAACCAAAAAGAAGAAGCUCUCAAGCUGUACACAGAUAUCCUAAACAAACAUCCAGACAACCUCUGUGCCCUGGUGAAAUUUCUCCACAUGCUACGCUGGGUAGGGAGACUGGAUGAAGUGCUGUCCUUCUUUAAGAACUGUGAAGCCUACUCUCCAACUGUAGUUACAGAACCAGGUUAUAACUACUGCAAAGGCCUCUACUACUGGCAUGCGUACCGUGUACGGGAGGCAAUGAUGCACCUGAACCAGGCCAGAAGGGAUGCAGAAUGGGGGGAAGAUGCACUCGAGCUGAUGGUGCACAUCUCUCUUAACCCAGACAAGAAGACAUUUGGCGGAGAGGUGUUUGAAAAUUCAGAGGAAGGCUCAAGCUCCAGUGUGCCACUUGUUCCUGAUGGCGAAAAGUUAAUGGGAUUGAACAUGGCCCAGAAUCUGCUGAGAGAAUUCCAUCCCCGCUCCAGAUCUGGCCAGGACAAGACCACUAUCCUUUACAACCUCUGUGUGAUCUACAGCAAUGAGCCGAAACAAAUGGAGAGUGCUGUACAUGUCCUGUCUGACAUGAUCGAAAGGAAGGUGAUGUUGGAGACCUCAUUGCUCGUAGUUGCCCAGGCACUGCUGCUCCUCAAACAGACUCCCAAAGCAAGAAACUUCCUAAAGAGGAUCAGCAAGAUGCAAUGGACCCCUGGCAUUGCUGAGGACAUUGAGAAAAGCUGCCUGCUCCUUGCUGACAUGUACAUCAAAACAGGAAAAUAUGUGAAUGCUGAUAAACUUCUGGAUGAUUGUAUUCGACACAAUAAGUCAUGCAGCAAGGCAUAUGAGUAUAAAGGCUUUAUAAUGGAGAAUGAUCAGAGAUACAAAGACGCUGCUGAACAAUACGAACUGGCCUGGAAAUACAGCUACUGCAUAGAUCCUGCAAUCGGAUACAGACUCGCUUUCAAUUAUCUGAAGUAUAAGAAUUACACACAGGCCAUUGGUGUCUGUCAUCAGGUUCUGCAGGAACAUCCUGAUUAUCCUCAGAUCCAAACUGAAAUUCUACACCGAGCCCAGCUCUCUCUAAGACCAUAAGCACAAAGAGACAUUUAAGCAAUCUAAACCCUUUUACGAUACAAGGACAUGUUAUAUCAACUGAUUGAUAACUAACUGAUUUCAUAGCAAAGUAUACUAGAUAAAUGUGCUUGAAUUGCAACUAUUUUCUAUAUAUAAAUUAGUAUAUAAUAGAUGGUACAGCAUGAAUGUCUUGUAAAAAUUCACAAGUAUACAAUAACUUACUAACUCCUUACGUUUCCAGUGUGAUGUCUUUUAAAGUGUUGUAAUGGAUGGAGUGUGCUAACAUGCAUCUUGAUUGUACCUGUAAAAGUUUCUAAUAUUUUUCUCAAUUCUGUCACUAGCACACUUUCUGCAUGAACUCUCUUGUAUUAAAACAAUGAUACAGCAUCUGUGCUUAAAAUAAAUAAAUAAAUGG